UGAUUGGCCCGCUGCGUUUCAAAGGAGGAGGAGAGCCCUUAGCUGGGAGGACGCCAAGCUACAGCGCUUUGACGGCAAGUGUAAGUGGAGUGGGAGAAAGGAAGACAGGCUGGUCGGCUGCAGCAUGCAAGGAAUUCGUCCCCCUAUCCUGAAUGGGCCCAUGCACCCACGGCCCUUGGUGGCACUCCUAGAUGGCCGUGACUGUACUGUGGAAAUGCCCGUUCUGAAGGAUGUGGCAACUGUUGCAUUCUGUGAUGCCCAAUCAACCACGGAGAUACACGAGAAGGUAUUAAAUGAGGCAGUGGGAGCUCUCAUGUACCAUACCAUAACACUCUCUCGCGAUGACCUCGACAAGUUCAAGAGCUUGCGAAUCAUCGUAAGAAUUGGCAGUGGCUUCGAUAAUGUGGACAUCAAAGCUGCUGCAGAGCUAGGUAUUGCGGUGUGCAAUGUGCCAUCUUCAUCGGUGGAGGAGACGGCCGACACAGCCCUCUGUCUCAUCCUGAAUUUAUACCGGAGAGUCACCUGGAUGCACCAAGCGCUGCGAGAGGGCACACGGGCCUCAAGUGUAGAGCAGAUCCGGGAGGUUGCAGGAGGGGCUGCGCGGAUACGUGGAGAAACUCUGGGAAUCAUUGGUCUAGGACGGAUCGGUCAGGCAGUGGCUUUGCGUGCAAAGGCUUUUGGGUUCAAUGUGAUAUUUUACGACCCCUAUCUGCCUGACGGAGUGGAACGUUCCCUGGGUCUUCAGCGAAUGACAACCUUGCAGGACCUCCUCAUUCACUCAGACUGUGUAUCUUUACACUGCAGUCUAAAUGAACACAAUCAUCAUCUCAUCAAUGAUUUCACCAUCAAACAGAUGCGGCAGGGGGCAUUCCUGGUGAACAUUGCCAGGGGUGGGCUAGUGGAUGAGAAGGCACUGGCACAGGCUCUGAAGGAGGGCCGAAUACGGGGGGCUGCGCUUGAUGUACAUGAGACUGAGCCCUUUAGUUUCUCCCAAGGCCCCCUGAAAGAUGCCCCAAAUCUUAUCUGUACACCCCACACAUCCUGGUACAGUGAGCAGGCCUCAGUUGAGGCCAGGGAGGAGGCAGCUAAAGAGGUGCGACGCGCCAUAACAGGACGCAUUCCUGAUAGUCUGAAGAAUUGUGUGAAUAAGGAAUAUCUAAAGACUACACCCCAGUGGCCUAGCAUGGACCCCAGUACAGUACACCCUGAACUUAAUGGAGCUGGUGCAUAUAGGUUCGCCUCCAAUCUGGUUGGGGUGACUGCAGGAGGCUUAAUGGGCACGGGUGCUGCUAUGGAGGGCAUUGUUGCUGGAACUUUGCCCAUGGCUCAUGGUGUUGCCCCUGUCUCCCGCCCACCUCACACACCGUCUCCAAGCCAACCUUCCAAGGCAGAAACAGACAGAGAUUUACCAGCAGAUCAGUAGCAGCCAGCUCACCUCUCUGAUCCCAGAUUGCCUGUCUGCAUCACCCACAAUCGAACAUUGCCCCAAAUGCCACAAAAACCCAUUAUGAAGACCAUGCAAUCUUUUUUUUAAGAUGUAAUACCCAGAAACCUCAGAAUACAGAUGAGAUCUUGAGAAAGAAGAUUUUCCUGUAAAAGUUUUUUUCAUCCCCUGAAAACAAAAUAAUGAUACAGAAAUGGACAGUGAAGAUAACAUGUUUCAUACUGUAUUGGGGGUGGUGAUGACCUUGUCUCUUUGUCACUUUUUUAUUUUCCUAACUUAAUUUCAUUGCCUUUGUUUUAUUUGGAUUCCAGUGACAUGUUUGUUGGUAUUUUCCCCUCCGCAUUCAGUUAGAUACAUAGUUCAAUCAGCUUGUCAGAAAUAAAAAUGUAGGAUUUAAGAAGUUCAUGGUUUUAUACAGCAGAAUAUUAGUACUGUUAUUGAGAUCUAUCCAAGACAUUCAGUAUUGGUUACUCAUUUAAAACACUAUACAUUAAUAGGACACCUCACAUUGACACAACUUUUUAGAUGUGAGGACCUUUUUGGGAUACAUGAUAUUUUGCCUGUGUUGUCUUUGCCACUGCAAGAUAAAGCACACAACGAAGCAAAGUAAGGUAAAUGUAGGGCAUUACGCCAACUUCAUUUGUAAAUAACGGCCCUCCUAUAUUAAUAAUGGUUAUAUUUCACUAGACAUUUAUGCCAAUUGUAGCCUUUUUUGGUCAGUAUGCAUAUGUAGCUAUUGCAGUAAUUAGGUCAAUUCAUGGUUCCUGUGCAAGUGAGUUCAGAAGGCAAGCUACAAAAUAGCACAGUAAGUAUGUAGUUCCCCUUUGAGUGAUCUGUAGUUCUUGAUAGAAAAAAACCCACCAAAACUGUCUAUGUGAACAUUAGGGUGUUGAUCAUGACCUUAGAAAAAUGAAUGGUACCCAAUGUUGGACUCUGCUGUAUGUGUGUAGGCUUAUCUCCCCACUACUAUUCAGAUGGAAGCGAUACAGCUUUCAAAACAUUACAAGAAUGACUUUACAAGACAGACUUUUCAAAACAUUACAAGAAUGACUUUACGAGAAAGACUUUUCAAAACAUUACAAGACUUUUUUGUGAAUGCCAUAGGACAGUAAUUAUGUAAUGGUGUUCCAUAGGUUUAAUGGACACACAGUUUGCAAACAUUCAAAUUUUAUCUCAACAGACUUCCACUGGGUACGUGUUAACAUUUCUCUGGUAGAACUUGGAAUAUAUCCAAUACAUUCAUGCAUUUUGUUUACGUGCAAACAGUGAAUACUGUGUUGUUUUUUGUAGUUGUGUAUUUAAAAUAAUAACAAUUAUAGUAGAUACAGAAUAGUAGACAUUUUUUGGUGUGUAGUGACUGUGUCAAAAUUUGGUGUGUGUUGUGAACAUUUAAUGGGCAGUAUCUAGUGAGUGAUUCAGCUGAGUUACACAGGGUAUUGACCCCUCUGCAUUUGAGAAAGGCAAGUAUGAUUUCUUAUUCUUGUGAUACCUCUACCAUGAGAGAGUACAGGAGUUCUUGGAAUAGUGUGCAAUGUUUUUAUGAAUAUUGAUACAGUGGAAGAGGGCUGUCCAAAAUAAACAACUUUGGCAGAAGCUCCUCAAUCCCUCUAGCUCCACCUUCUGGUUAAGAUUUGAUGGUCACAGUCAGUACUAGUCUGGCAGGGCCAGAUGUACAUUAACGUAGACAUCUGGGGACAACAAUUGGGGAAUUUAACUUACGAAAAGAAACAGUUAAAAAAGUCUAAAGCUUUUAAUUAAAAUGUCUAAACCAUUCCAGUAUCUUAGGAGGCUGGAUUUAAGUGGCUGCGUUGACUCAGGACACAGCCAUGAUGCUCAAUUUGUAAAUGAAUCCACCAUGUUCCAAUGAAAAUUCAGCAACUUGUCCCCAGAUGUGAACUCAUCACUAAGUGCCAAAGUCAUAUCGAGUGUUGCCAUUUCAGUACUGUGAAAUUUCUGGAAAACCCAUUAGAUGACCAACUACGCAGUCAUCAUACUGCUUAAAGCAGCCGUAUAGAGUUUUGGUCUAAAACUAGCAAUCUUACUACGGAAAAGACAUGAAAAAACCUUACAAACACCAACAACAGCACAGUUGGCACUGGUAAAAGGCAUUCUAGCAUACCAACUCAUGUCUUUUAGUGAUGUAGUUGUCGAGUUGGUUACCUUUUACUUUUUCGCAGGCCCACAGAACUGCAUAGUGCAUAGCCAAGGUGGCUAAUUGGAAGAACAGGUGUGUUUAUCUGUCCUUCACAUGAUUAUAUUCCAUGACAAUUAUUUUGUAAAUGAUACCAGUACUAGUUGCUUAUAAAAACAUGCUUCAAAAAGUG